AUGAAGCUUCACGGAAACUACUCCGCUUUCCACUCUUUUGGCAAGAAACCCUCAGAAGAGGCGAAAUCUACCAAUGGGACUGCAGCAGCAGAUGCUGGAGGGGAUGCGGCAGCAGGAACAGCCGCAGCCGAGGGAACAGCACAAGGGACAGCAGCAGCAGCGGCAGAGCCAGCAGCUUUGAGUAUUACAACAGAGGAUUUCAAGAUGAUUCACCUGCCUAGAGAGAACGGAAUCACAGAGCUACCAGAGUUGGGCGAGGAAGCAGCCAUUCGGUUCAUCACUCAGCGCGACGUGUUCCGAUUCACGUUCGUGCGCAACCCCCUCACGCGCGCCACGUCAGCGUUCCUCGACAAGUUUGUGCAUGCGCGGAACUUCACCAAUGAGGGGGAUGCGCGGCUGUACUGGGCGGACGCCAUGUUUGGGAAGACCAAGCAGCUCAAGAAGAUGCUAAAAUCGCAUCCUAGGGGUGAAUUCUCGUUUGCGGAGUUUCUGGUUCUUGUGGAGGAGGCUCUUAAGGGGGAUGCUGAUAAGAUCGAGAAUCACAUUGACAAGCAGGUCGACCUCUGUGCGUUGGAUAGCGUGCAUUACGACUUUGUAGGUCGCUUUGAGAACAUGACCGCUGACGUGGCAGCAGUGAUGCGUCAGCUCAACACGUCAGAUCUCGGAAUAUUCCAGAAGGGAAAGUCCCUCCAGCUCACAGGCGCAGACCAGCGCUCCGCCCAGUUGUACGAUAAGGAUUCGCUGGAGCGGGCGCGUCGGAUCUACAGCGACGAUAUGAGCAUUCCGUUCAACGCCAUUCGCUACGACAUUCCCGAGGCGCUCAAGCAGGUGGCUACGCCAUUCGCUACUCAGGAAAACGACACGCAAACACCCUCAAUCACAACCUCUAGAAAACUCCGAGUUACCGAACCUCCUUUUUCGAGGUCGUCAGGCGGUUCGGUCCAAAAUGACGCGCCAACAGACACAGCCUCUAAAUGCCGUCGAGACACCACCGACGCUCCGGUUUCGACGCGAUACGAGACUCAUACCUCAGCAACAUGGCACCUUUGA